AGGAGCUCCACACUCAGCUUGCUGAGGUCAAAGGGCGUCUUGUGCAGGUGGAGGGAGAAAAUGAGGCGCUCAUGGGAUAUAAGCGGGAGCAGGGAGCCGAGGUCAGACUGGGUGCCUGUCGUGGUUCACAGUGACUGGAGUCCACCGCUAAUACAAUACACACACUCCAGUGGAAACACUUUCAUAACCCAAAGUCCAUCAUCAGCAACAAUACACGCUGAUUCACACCCGGAUUCAUAUUGUCCGCCGUAACAAAAAUCUCUCCACAGAUUUGGUGACCUCCAUAAACUAUGUCCAUCUCUGUUGACAAUGGAGACCUUGAUGCUCACAUUCACAUUACUGUAUACUCUGGAGUCUCUGCCUGUUAUGUCUCUGUAAGAUGUUGUUUUUUACCAUUGAGAGUCUGCUCAUAUCCAUGCCUACAUAAUGUGAGUGUGCACAUGUGUGUGUGUGUGUGUGUGUACAUGCGAUUGUGUCUUUCCAUGGUCUCUUCCUCUCAGAGACCCACUCCUUCUCCAUUAACCUGGGCAGACAGACAGACAGAGAUUCCCACUCAGGGAACUGUGCUCUCCCCUGGGACUUGGGGACUAUGGAUGAGUUAAACAUAGACAUGGCUCAGGGGCUUGGUGGAUAUGGGCUCUGUUAGUGCUGGGAAUGAGGAUGUAUAAUGAGAGGGAAAUGAGAGCCACUCUUACCUGAUUGCCAUGGAUUUCCCUCCAGUAUUAGUGAGGGGUCACAAUGAGACGGGCCAGCCUACUGUCCCACUGGGAGAAGAUGGAGCUGUGACCUAAUGUUGCAAUAACCUUACAGUGAUGUGUGUGUGUGUGUGUGUGUGUGUGUGUGUGCGGACCCUGCAGGUGGAAAGACUGGCAGUGGUGGUGUGUUCUCUGCAGAGCUCUGCCAGGGUCAGAGAGGACACAGAGUGUGCCCAGGCCGAGCAGAGGUGUGUGGACCUGGAGGGGGAGCUGACAGAGACCCCUCCCCAGAGACCAAGGGAAGCCUGGAGGAGGGCUGAGGAGCAGACCCAGAAGUUCCAAGCCACGGUGUCCAGUCUGAAGAGCCAGCAUGGCUGUGUUAAUCAGCAGCUGCAGGACAGGAGUGCUGAGGUGCAGAGGCUCCAGAGGUCAUUGGCUGAGCUACAUCGAACGGGAAAUGGAGUGGGAGAGAGAGACAUCUGCCCUGCAGGGCCAGCCGGGCCUUGCCAGAGAGGAGCUCCACAGCGCCAUCCUCAGGAGGCAGGCACAGCAGCAGAAGGAAGAGCUGUUUGGUGAGCUGCAGAGGGAGGUGGACAGACUGAAGAAUGGGAGACAGGAGAUGCGAAAAAAGCUUUGUGGUAGAGAAGAGGAGCUGAAGAGGCUGAGAGACGAGCAGCAUCAGCUCAAGGACAAGGUGAGGGAGAGCGAUGUGCAGGCUGUGUGGCUGCAGAGCCAGGCUGACGUGGUGGGUUGGGAGCUGUGGGAGGAGAGUGCCCAGCAGGACAGGGAGCUGUGGGAGGAGAGUGCCCAGCGGGACAGGGAGCUGUGGGAGGAGAGUGCCCAGCAGGACAGGGAGCUGUGGGAGGAGGGUGCCCAGCAGGACAGGGAGCUGUGGGAGGAGGGUGCCCAGCGGGACAGGGAGCUGUGGGAGAAGGGUGCCCAGUGGGACAGCGAGCUGUGGGAGUGGAGGGGCCGCUACCAUGCUGUCUCAGAGGGACUGAGGCUGAGGGAGGCUGGGCUUGAGGAGGUGUAGAGGGCCAGGGACACGGCCAUCAGAAGCCUGAGACUACAGGAGGAGAAGACCCACAGUCUGGGGGCCCAGAGGCAGGAGCUGCAGCACAGCCUGGAGGGCCUACAGGACAGCUUGCCCAGAAGGAGGAGAUGGUCGUGGCUCUCAGUGUCCCGCAGCUUGCCCAGAAGGAGGAGAUGGUCGUGGCUCUCAG